AUGGGGGAGGCGCCGGCCGCGUCCUCGACCACGGUGGAGAUGGAGGCCGCGGAGCAGCUCAUCCAGCUCAGCGGCGGCGGCUGCGACGACGACAGCGCCGAGUCGGAGUGCAAGAGCGCGGACAGCGUCAGGGCUGACGAGAAGGUGCCGGCCGUGGGGAGCAAGAGCGCGGACAGCGUCAGGGCCGGCGAGAAGGGGCCGGCCGUGGAGAGCAAGAGCGCGGACAGCGUCAAGGCAGCUGGCGAGAAGGCGCGGGCCGCGGAGAGCGUCAUGGCAGCCGGCGAGAAGGUGCCGGACGUGGAGAGCAAGAGCGCGGGCAGCGUCAAGGCCGGCGAGAAGCGGGGAGGUGGUAAAGAGGGGGUGCCCGCCGCUGAGAGCAGCACCGGGAAGAGACGCGAGAAACUCGGUGGGCCGAAGGGCGGCGGACAAGACGAGGAGGCCGUCAUCGGCGGGGUCGCGAGGAGGAGGCCGAGGUUCCGGUCGCUGGCGGCUAUAUACAGGAACACGAGGAGGAUGGACGACCACGGGCACCGCCGCGAGGAGGCGGAAGAGGAAGAGAUGGGUGAGGGGAAGGGGGAGAAAAAGAAGAGAAGGGCGAUGGGUGGGGCCGCCGCCGCCGACGGCGAGGCGAUCCCCGCGGCGGCGCCGUGCAAGGCCAAGAGAUCAGGGGUACGCCGAAGAACUAGCUAG